AUGUCAAUAGACCCGGAAACACGCCGCAAGCUCUUGCUCUUGCAGAAACAGCCCGAGAACAAGCGCUGCUUCGACUGUGACGCCUUCAAUCCCCAGUGGGCCCUGCCCAAGUUCGGUAUCUUCAUCUGUCUUGAAUGUGCUGGUGUUCAUCGUGGUCUAGGUGUCCACAUUUCGUUUGUUCGCUCCAUCACCAUGGACCAGUUUAAGCCGGAAGAGGUCUUGCGUAUGGAGAAGGGCGGCAACGCCAACUGUAAAGAGUACUUCGAGGAUCAUGGUGUAGACAUGUCUGCACUGGCCAAAGUGAAGUUCGACAACUUUGUGGCAGAGGACUACAAGGAGAAAUUGACGUGCAUUGUUGAGGGAAGACCGUUUGUUGCUCCUGACAGAUCGGGCCAGACACUCCCCACCGGCGAGUCGCUGCUUGCUUCCUCCACUCAUUCCAACCUCAGCUCCGAGAACUUCUCGCAGAAAGCUCUGAACGAGGCAUACUUCAACAGACUCGGGUCUGCCAACCAGACCAGGUCGGCAAACUUGCCUCCUUCCCAGGGCGGUAGAUACGGUGGAUUUGGCAACGAUCCAUCUCCUCCGCCAGAGGCCUCUCGUGGCGGCGCCGCAGCCGGUUUGUCCAUAAAUGCAUUGCAGAGCGACCCAUUGGGCACCUUGUCCAAGGGAUGGAGUCUUUUCUCCUCGACUGUGGCUCAUUCUGUGAGUGAAGUCCACGAGUCCGUGAUCAAACCAGGAAUCAACCAGUUGCAAGAGAGUGAUUUGGGAAGCGAGGCUAAAAGAGCCAUGGCCCAAUUUGGCCAGAAAAUGCAGGAGACUGGCAAGUAUGGUCAAGAAACCUUCAAUACUUUCACGAAAGAUGUGCAGAGUAAGGGUCUCAACAAUACCAUGGGAAACUUCUUUGGCGGGCGCGCCUCGGGGCCACAAGUUGAUAGUGCCUUUGGCUUGGAGAAGCCGCAAAGCAAAUCAACCUUGGGCUCUAUGAGUAGCACAGCUAACAACAAGAAGAAGGAUGAUGAUGAUUGGGAUGAUUUUUAG